AAAGUUGGAGGACCUAUUUGAGAAAAUGAUCUGAAAGAAGAUAAUAGGAACACACUGCUAUCAUCAAAAUUUCCCCACAAUAUUUUACAUUUUGUUGGUUUUAAGCCAUGAUUAUUUUCUCAUCACCUUCUCCCCUUCAAUCCAAUCAAUUAUUCUCGUAUAAUUUGGCAUCACAUUGUCCUACGCUCAAGUGCUCCUUUUUCUCGAGAAAGCAAAUAUCACGCUGCCAUCCAAGCUGUAGUUUAGAACAAAAUAGUGAACAGAAUGCCCGUAAAGCACCCUCUGAGGAGAAAACACUGAGGAGAAUGAUGCUCUUCAUGUUAGUCACACCUACUUCUUUUCCAACUUUAAAUUCUUAUGGGAAGACGAAGAGUAAGAACCCAUAUGACGAAAGACGCUUGCUGGAGCAGAACAAACGGAGACAAAGAGAAAACAACGCUCCUGAAGACUUUCCAAGUUUUAUCAGAGAAGGCUUUGAGGUUAAGGUGGUUGCAUCUGACAGUUAUAUAAGACGUGAUUCGGGACUCAUGUACCGAGAUUUUGAAGUCGGUGAAGGUGAUUACCCAAAGGAUGGCCAGCAGAUCAUUUUCCAGUACAUUGGCUAUAAUGAGACAGGUCGUCGCAUUGAUAGCACAUACUUGCAGGGUGCUCCUGCCAAGAUCAGGUUGGGCACUAAAGCACUGGUGCCAGGAUUUGAGGAAGGAAUACGUGACAUGAAACCUGGUGGUAAAAGAAGAAUAAUCAUUCCUCCAGAACUUGGACCUCCGGUUGGACCAUCAACUUUCUUCAGUGCCAAACAGUUUGAGGUUUUUGAUGUGGAGUUGCUAAACAUCAAGGAUUGUCAGAGGAGAACCAUAGGAUUCUAUUCCGAUGUAGUCUGUGAUUAAGUAGGGAGAUAAAUCCGGUCUGAAGAUGCAAGUUCACAUUGGAUAUGAGUCUGCCUUCAGUGAUUGGGUUCAACAAUUUGAUCGUGGCUUGGUCUACUUUCCAUGUUAAAGUUUUGCAGCUUGCACCAGAUUUUUCUGGGUUAACUUAGAGUUCGUCAACUGCAAUAAAUCUGAAGGAAUUAGAUCUAAAUCAUGUCAGAAAGUGAUGUAAUAGGUUCUCCCUGUAGUAGUAUUUUGGUUUGAGCAUUUGAAGUUAUUGUUUCUAA